AUGGAUUUAGAAGAGUUCAAGUUAACAAUUCCUUGCAGAGACUCACAAUUAGACUUAUUAGACUCAUAUGCGUCCCUAGGAAACUUGCUCCGAAUUCUCAUAGUUCACGGGAUCAAUUCAGGUAAACAAUUUAUCCUCAAUAAUUAUUUCAAUUUAUUGAAAGAGUCAAAGGAUGAACAAGUCAAUAUAGUCAAUUUUGACUGUUCUGCCGUGAUAUCCUUAAGGUCGUUCUACGAGAAAACUUUGCAAAAAAUCGUCGAAGUUAAUGGUAAUAAUGAUGAGCAGGCCGGCUUCUGUGAUAGCCUGAACAAAUUCAUGAUCAAGUUAGAAAACAUUAUCCAGACACAUAACAUCACCAAACUACAUUAUUUAAUUUUUGAAGAUUUUGGCAGCCUAGGGGAUUUCACCGAUCUUUUACAAUUGAUUUUCGGGUUGAAUAAAGUGAUGGAAACAUCAUCGAUCAUCAAGGAUAAGUUUGUGUUGGUGAUUCUAUUAAACAACUACAAUCUUUAUUACACCAGCGACAACUUGGGAGAACUCAACAAUUACUCUUUGCCAACGAUUUUUUUCCAAAAUUACACCCAAAAUGAAGUGUUCCAUAUCUUGACCGAUUCGAUCACUUCGAGUUACUUAAUUCAUCAUCAUUGCAAAUUCGAAGAAAAAACUACUGUUACAACCAACAAAAAUAGUGAUAAUUGUAAUCGGUUGAACCCCGAACAACAACAAUUUUGGGAGGACUUUGUGAAAUUGGUGAUUGAUUCGUUCCAUUCGUUCACGGGAUCCAACGUUACAGUACUUGUGGAAUUGAUCUUGAAGAUCUGGCCAACAUUCACUAAAAAAAUCUUUGUCGAUAAAACUUAUAAUUUCAAUGACUUGCUCAGAUUGUACAAAGAGAACCAGAGUCUAUUCAAAGGGGAGUCGGUAGUGAAUGAUUCGUUCAUCGAUGAGCCAACAGAAACCAAUCGGAAAGUCAUGAAGAGUAUCAUGAGACAUAAUAAAUCGGUAAUAGACCUUCCAGUAUAUUCGAAAUUCGUGUUAUGCGCUGCGUAUUUGGCGUCAUUCAUCGCUCCUAAAUAUGAUUUUGUGAUAUUCUCGAGGCUAAAAGAACUCAGUUCCCGGAAAAAAUACCAUCAGAAAAUCGCCUCCUCAAAGGGGCAAGGGGCCAUCAAUACCAGAUUAUUGAACCCCGCGGCGUUUGAACUAGAAAGAAUGUUGGCGAUCUUAUCGAGUAUUUACGGAAAUACCGAAGAAGAAAUCUUGUUUAGCAAACCGGGGAAACAUCCAAAGAUAUCGUUUAACGUCGAGUUCUAUUCACAAUUCUCAAAUCUUGUGUCGUUGAAUUUAAUUACUAAAGCUCUGGCAGCGACAAAUACUGCGAAUUUGGAUUUAUUGAAUGGCAAAUUGAAGUUCAAGGCAAACUUCAAUUACGAUUUCAUUGAGCAGAUUGCCAAAGAUUUGAAUUUCAAAAUCGAGGAAUAUCUUAUGGACUGA